AUGCUUUAUGUACAGUUGUUAAGUACCUCAAGAAGCAGCAGCAGCAUCCACAGUGAAGUUAUUGUUGGACCUGUUACUUGUACAGCUCAAUACAAGAGGCACAGCAGUAAUGGAACAUGGUCUCCUUAUUUUUUUAUCUCACCUGAUCUACCACCAAUAUAUGCACUUCAAGUACUACUGGAGAAAGUUCAUGCUUGGACUCAUCUUCCUUGGUUUGUGUUGAAAAAUUUUCAUACUUAUAUAUUAUAUUAUUUUUUAACUCACUUGGAAAACAUACUGGAAAACAUGUUGCCGGGACAAUUCUCCUCAUGUGAAAACUUUUUUGACCGAAAAAAUCCUUCUACUGGGAAAGAAAUUCUGUACUGGUAACUUGCUGAAUAAAAUUCAACAGGUUUAAUAUUGUGCAUGAUGAUUCAACAACAAAGUGACCCAGAUGUUUAAGGUGUCCCAUUUAGAGCACAUGAGCAGAAAAUGUCCCUCUGACAUGCAGGGCUGUUAAUAAGGGCUGGUGGCCAGCCAAAACCGCCGGCUAGUUAGCCAUUCUUAGGUGGCUACUUUUAUCUCCUUCUACCAUAACUGCUAAUAAAUAAGAAGCACCAUUGAAUAAAAUUGUAAAGCAUCCAUUUCCCAGGUUUGAAUGACAUUGAAUGCAUAUUCUAACACCUUUAGAUCUGUGAAAAAUUCGAACUGUGCAAUAUCUUGGAAUGCCUGGGACAUUUUGACGGCAUUGUUCCCAGUCUUGCGUGUAUUCUGACCAAGCAACAUGGCAUCCAUGGUGGAAAAUACCUCUUGAAAACCCCUGGAAGUGCCAUUUCCAAGACUCUAAUUUUCAAAAUAUCCCUAGAUGCCUCGACCCUCAAGAACUUGUGCCUUUGGUGGUGCGAGUUCUAAAGCCGCCUACUAUUCAUUAUCAGCCUGCUACUUAAAAACUUUUUGACAGCCCUGGACAUGUGCCCUAGUGUGCACCAACUUUACAUGGUUAAUGCUGGUGACCAAUUAUUGUUCCUGAAUUGGGGAAUACUGUACAUACCAAUGUUCGUCUUAUUAAUAAUGAAAACGAAACAUAAAUAACAAAAAAAGGUUUGGCCAACGUUUCAAAUACAGGGCAGUAUUUUUAUAGUGUGAUAUUGGAAAUGUGCUGUAGACUGUGUUGUUCUGAUAAGAACACUUGUUUCUGAAUAAGGGAUUGUAUACCUCUUAUUAGCUGAUUUUGAGGCCACAUUGUAGAUUAUAAAUCGUGAUUUUCCUGUACAAAAGAUUUUCAAAUUAUAUUUUAAAGACCAUUUGCCGCAGUUACAUGUGCUAUAGAUAAGGAAUGUUCUUGCUUUGUUUCUUUGCAGGUGGGCAGUAAUUAUUGGCUUCACAGCUGCUUUAAGGAGUGUUAUAACAGUUCCCUUGGCAAUACACCAGAACAAACUUAUUGCUGAAAUUGAACUGCGACAGCCAACUGUCAGCAUGAUGACAGAGGCUUUGAAACACAGAGUGGUGAGUGAAUGCCGUAGGCUAAGUGUAUCAGCUGAUGAAGCAGACAAGCUGUUCAAGAAGAGGGUAAGGAUGUAUGUAGGAAUAAUUAUUUCCUGAGGUAAUAUAUAAUACUUAUUAAUCAAGGCCAUGGUCUGAGAUUUCCCUAUAAAGAACAAGCAGAUGAGGUUAAUAAGUUAUUUAUUAUAUGUCCUUUUUAUUUUGGACCUGAGCCUGCAAUCAAUUAAAACCAACAACUGGUCAGCAGAUAACUUUUAAAAUUAAAACACGUCACCUCGAUGAGUUGUACACUUGAGCCCACGAUACAGUCAGGUGACACUGGUUGGCGGAUGCUUUUUUUGACAGCUGUCAAUAUUGACCAUACAUGUAACAUGGAUGUCCAUAAGGAUGUCCACUAUCAAGGUAAACACAGAUUGUCUUGGACGGCCGCCUUGGACACCUAGAUAGUAAUGCCCGGUCAUCACAAGAAAACGGCCAAUCAGAGUGGCAGCUCACGGGUACCAUUGUAGCCAUGUAUUAAUGACAGGAAACAGUUAAUUUUGACAGAAAAUUUACUGUUUCCUGAGGGACCAGUCUUUAAGUGAUUUGUUAUAGUAGCUGGAAAUUUUGAAGCUGCAAAUUCAUGAAACCUUGCUGUAGCAGCGGUCAUCGGUCAACGUUCCAAGGUAACAGUGCACUGUUACCUGCUAACAACAUACAAACUUCAGUUUUGCACUGUUGCCUUCUCAGAGAUUUUGGCUGGAAACAGUUUUAUUGAUAGAUGUCAUGUGACCUCAAAGUAACCAAUGAGAGUGCACACUGUUGGGAAAUAAUUAUUUCCAGUUAUAUAACAAAGGUGAAUAACCACCCUGGGGUUUUGAAAUGUAGUCAUCACCCCAACUGGCUGCAUGGGGAUCAAUCAGUGAAAGACCGAGUUCAGCUGAGAAUGUUGUUGUGUUUUUUUACAAUAAUGGUCACCAAUAGCAGUUAUCAACUGGCCUUAAUUAUUUGUCCCUAUCAAUGUAGCUUUUCAGCAGCCUUUGCUUAUUAAAUUUUAAUAAAAUGAGCUUUUAAGUUUGAAACUUUGAGAUUAUUUUUUUCACCAGUUUUCUGGUACCCAUUGAGGUUUUUAUUUUGCAUCAUAUCCAUCAUGAUUCUGAUUCUUUGUGUUAAAGGCUAGGAUAAAAAAUUAACCCCAAAAAAUAACCACUCCCUGCUACGUAGUGAUUUUGUUACCUAUUUUUUUCUGCGUCCUGUGUCUUUGACACAUGAAAAUCCCCAAAGACGCAAAAUAAUGGCAGUUAUUCAUGGCAUGCGUCCUGUAGGAUGCAAAGAUAGAUCAUUCGAUCAGAAUCUGAGUAUUUGUAGAAAUAUCCCGUUCAUGUAAUUUCUGUGGCAUUAAUUUUAUUAUCGCUGUUGUUUGAUGGUGCAUAUUUCUUUUAGCCUUUGUUGUGGUUUAAAAUAGAAGGACUAAGUAUACUGUAAUACAGAGUUUUGGAGUCUGUCUUCAGAUUAACUGUCUGGUUACAUGUACAUAACAGCCCAAGCAUUUUCAAUUUCGGACUCCUUUUUUUUUAAAUGGGACUCAUUGGUUCUGGACUGGGACUCGUGAGUUUUCACAAGAUGAAUCCCAGGACUCUCCAUAACUAUUUGUAUCAAAAUCACUGGCUACAUAGGCUAAUUGUAGGAAAAAAUGUGCCAGUACCCGGCCCACAUUAUCUCAACAGAGACAAACGAAGAAUGAGUUCAUAUUUAACUUAGGCAUUUAGCCCCUGUAGCCAGUCAAUUUUGCUAUGGGCGUUUGCUCAGAACUUCACCAAUAAUUGUACUUGCCACUUCAGUAUAGUAACUUGCUGGUAUUAUUUCUUUCUAUUGUUUAGCAUCGUAAAAUGAUAUAUGACUACUACCAGUCUGAGGGGUGCAAUCCAAUGAAAAUGUACAUUUUGCCUUGGAUUCAACUGCCUCUGUGGUUCUUUUUAUCCUUGUCAUUCAGAAACCUGACAGGGUUUUUUCCAUCUCAGAGAAAAGCAGGUACAUUGAUAAAAUGUUGUAAAUACAGAUAAAAUUAAUUUUCAGGCCUGGAGCUAUUAUUUUACAAUGGUAAUCCAAAGAUCAUAGAUGAAUUAAGCUUCUAGCUGGCAAACAACUUGCAAAUUAAGUUGUUUAUACAUGUAUUUGUCAGUUUCCAAACCAACAAACCUUCGUGCUAAUGGUAUUGCAUGUAUGGAAAAAAUUUCCUUCUUUAAUAUCUAUAUUAAUUUUUGCCAAAGAUUAUCAACACAUUAUCAAAAGAGUAGGGUUUGAGAAUGUGAAUAAAAUGAUCACCAUUAUCAAAAAAUUUUCUAAACUUAUCAUCCUUUAAGGUAAUGUAUGGAGAUCAGUCUGGAGAAUUUUUUUAUGUUGUUAUUGAGGCUUAACCCUUUAACCCCCAGUAUCCAAAUACAAAUUCUCCAAACAGAUCUCCAUACAUUUCCUGUAAGAAAUUGUUGAAUAAAUUUAAUAAAAGAUCAAGGCAUUUUCUCUUUGGUGAUCAUUUUAGCAAUUCUCAUAACCUUUUCCCUUGACAAUGUAUGGAUAUUGUUUGGAGGAAAUUGAUGUUGGUCACCAUUGGGACUUGAAGGGUUAAAGGGAUAAGGAGUGGAUUCAAAGGAUGUGGGCUUUUUUUUCCUAUCUCUGAAAAUUGGGUUUGAAGAAGGACUAUAGGGUCUCGUUUAGAUAUUUGUAGAAUUUUAAAGGCCCUGUUAAACCACUUGCAUAAACUUUGGUAAUGUAUUUUUAGUGCAUUUUGGAAUAAAGAUCGCAUCUGAAUCAAUUCAGCUCAGUGACCUAAAUUAAUUUGGGUCAGCCUAUAGUCGUAUUUGAAGUGGCUCAUGCAAUCUGAGGCAUCUGAACCAGGCCUUUAGAGUACAUAAAUUAAAAGUCAGAAGAUCAUGAAUUCCUUGUGAUCAAAAUUUGGAUAAGUUUUACUUUUAAUUGCGAGCUAUAAUAUAUUAUUGAUUACACAUGUUUUGUUUUUGUAUCUACCAGUAUAGUUAUUUAGUACAAAGAUUACAAAAUGCAAUUUGAUUCAAAAAUUACAAAAAAUGUACAUUAACAUGGCCCUCUUUUUUCAUUUAUAUGACCUUUCAACUUGUCCCUCUUUGCUACACAUUUUAAGCUCUAUUACUGUUAUACACUUCUUGUGCUACUUAUGAGGAGAAAUUGUGUAACAAAACAAUCAGUUGUUAGCGGUAUUGUGAGAAGAAGCUAGAUGCAUCACUAGGGCGAUUAGUGUUCAAAUAGUGGCUAAAAUGCAUGGAUAUGGCUAAUAAAGUUAAAUAUUAUUAUUAAAUUGUACUGAUGGCCACGUUUCAAAAAUGUGACUUUUGUGAGACUCAGUGGGCGGGACAUGCAAUGCACUUACUUUUGUUAAACCAUAAUGGUGAUGGGAACAUAAAUGAACUACCAAAAUACAUGUAAGAUGUGCUGAAUAUAUGUACUGGCUGAACCUUUUUAAUACCAUCAACUGAUGUGAUACAACUCAUGUUGACCAUGGGAUGACUACCACACAGGUUGUCAAAACACAGUCAGUCCUAUUCAGGACUACGUUCACCCGGAUGAUCAUACUCAACCUACUUAUGUCAUAACCAUUUUGUUAUAAUUAUUUUUCUCACUUUUUUGUUCAAAGUUAAAAUUUAUCAAGUUGUUUCUGUUCAAAUAGUUGUUGUUGAUGAUGAUGAUGAUUAUUAUUAUUUAAGCAGCUUAACGAUAACAAUAACAACAACAAUAACUUUAUUGAAUGAAUUAACUUAAAGUCCUGUGGGGUAAAAGCUAAUCUAGGUGGAACAGAACAGCUGAGGGUUAGGGUUUAACUUUUAGAAUAAAUAUUAUUAGAUAAAUAAAUUUAAAUAUUUAGUAUCAUUACAUAAAGGCAUAGUCAAGGAAACAAUAAUGUUAGAGGUUGAAGAGAAAAAUCAAUUGAGAUUUGAGAUAAGAGCUUUUUGUUAUAAAAUGCUAUUAAAAGUGACUCUUCUUUUUAAAUUUGGGAUGGUAUAUUUUGUAUGACUCAGUGAUAAAAAAACAGUGGCCUCCAAUUUUUUACUUUUAACUAUAUAGUUUGUGAUCUUGUCCAAUUCUGAAUAAAUCACUUAAUUAACCUAUGUGGCUUAUCUCUAGUCCUCUUAAUGGUUCGUAUGUUUAUUGUCAGUGAUACUAUGACUGUCGCCUCUCAGUUUGCUUGGUGCAUUUGAAAAGUUGCUUUUGCAAGACCACCACUUGUGCUCCGUCAAAUAUAAUAUAACAGUCACCUCUUGCUUAACCUGUAUGUUUCAGAAAGCCUUGUAACUUGCUUAUACAUUGAUUUUCUUUAGAAAAAGUCAAUUCCAUAAGCCAAAAUUCUCAACAUAUUAACCGAGCUGCAGUUUUGUCCAAGGUUUCUUUCAUCCAGUUUUUUUGUCAAACUUCUUCAGCCACUGUUUACAGAUCUGCUAAACUUAGUCAUUUUUUCGGACAUAUCCCAGCUCCUCUAGGUAGUUUGGUUUAUUGAUGUACUUGUCCUUGGCACAGCGCAGAAUCUCCUGGAUGUCAUCUUCAGAGAGUUCUUCUUCCUUAAUUUUACUGAUGAUCUGAUUUAAGGCCUCAUUCUUCUUCAAUUCAGCCAUUGCCUCCUCCGUACUUGUACUUUCAAGUGUCAGUUUACCUGGAAGAAAUUUACCGGGCUUAGCAGAAAGCAUCUUACUUGGUGAUGCUUGCUGUUUCAUCAACACAGCUUUACUGUGGAACUUAUCGGCAUAUGUGAAGCUCUUCUGACGAGUAACUCCAUAGCCACUCUUAUUCUUCUCAGCAGUGCUUUUAUUCUCUUGUUUUUGUUCUGUAUCAGCUUCCUUGAAGCCCAUGGCUUGCUUCAAUUUUUGAAUAUCGUCGGAAAAUUCAAACAUCUUGAACUCCAGCUGUGCCACUUCCUCAGACAAAAGCUGGAACUUGGUGCCUAGCUCCUCAAUCUUUAAGGGCUGAUCAGUUUUAGAGGCUUUUUUCUUGUCACUGACCUCUUUCAAGUCGAGGAGAGGUGUCUGCAACUUUUUCUCCUUGUCAGCAGCCUUGUUUCCCAUGAUCACUGUUUCAUCUGCCGAGUUUUCACUUGACUCUGAUGAAGUGUACUCGGGAAUUUCUUUCAGUUUCAUAGAACGUGAAGGUUUCUCUUUUUGAAUCCCAACACUCUUGUUUUCAGCCUUUUUGACAGCACCCUUGUCUAAUUUCCAGUUUGGAGCUUCAGUUUUUGCUGAGCUCAUCUUCUGUGAGAUAAGAUAGUGACCAUUGGAGGUCGAGGAAUCUGAUGUUGUCUGUGAAGGCAAAGUCUUAUCCCUAACGUCUUUGUUAUCCGGCAUUGUACUGGUUUUUUCAAAGAAACUCACUGGUACAGUUGUGGCUGCAGCUCUCUUCCUUGGACUCUUAAUGUAUUCAUAUUUAGCAAGUGUGUCGAUAGUGAUUGUUUCAAAAGUGUAUUUUCCAUGCUUAUCCUCUGCAUCCCCUUUUUCAUCCUGCUUGUUUCUGACAGAUUCCUUCUCUUUGGAAUAACCAUUUGUAGGCAGUACAUGUACCUCAUGUUUAGGGGAUGAUGUUAGUCUGCCUUUCACAUCUUUUCCAUUUGAUGGCUUUCUGCUGAGUGAGGUUCCUAAUGUUUUUCUUGGGCUGGAGAGUUUUUCUGCCAACAGCUCUGUGUAAAGGCGUUUUGUCUUGUCAUCUGUUUCCCACCACUUGUAAGUUGGGAAGUUAGGUGCUGCAGCCAUUGGCCGUCAAGGAUACCUACCAAUGUUCAAGCUGAAAAUAAACAAACUAAUAUAAUUAUGAGGGGAUGUCAGCUACAAUCUUGGACAAAACUGUUGAGAAAAUUGUAUACUUGGGGAGCAUUUUUCUAAACAACAUAGCUGUUCGCGGUUCUUCCUUCUCCCCCUUGACCCCUGAAAGCAAUGUUGUUGUCUAUUCAAAAGAAAGCCGGCCUGAUUCCUGGGCAUUUGUAGGAAGCAACAUUGAAGUGGGGGAACGGGAUUUCUUUCUGCAAAGGCAUUGUUUUGGAAAUAGUUUUGUUACGUAGGAAAAUGGACAUAAUGGGGAAAACUUUCUCAAGUAGUUUUGUCUGGGAUUGUAGCUUAUUUUGAAAUGGUAUGGGAUGAAAUGUUUUCUGGCCAUGUGUGAGGCCCUGCCAGGGGGAGGGUCCAAUGUCGCCCGUCUGAAUUCUAAAACGUCUCGUGCCGGUGUUUAUAAAUGCUUGUCUCUUAUCGUCGGCUGUGUUGUCGCUGUCGCAAUUUGGCCGAGGGAGGUUGUCUCUUGUCGCGAUUUCAUUUUACGCGCUGUCGCUACUUUUUGGGCCACGUCGCUUGUUGGAAUUUACCCUGGCAGGGCCUCAUGUGUGCAUGUUUCACUAAAGAUAGUACACAACAAUUAAUAAAAGUAAGAUUUGCUAAUUCAGAUAAGAAGUGACUUUGUUAAACUUUCGGAUAUUAAAUAAUGCACUCAAAUGUUCUUCAUAUUUAAUGACUUGAUUAUGACGUAAGUUGACCUCCAAAAUGUUGUCUUUUUAAAUGUUUUUUAACUUUUACAGCAAGGAGCCCAAAAGCAUUCUUUUGUAUAGAUUUAAUCCAAUCAGAAGCCAGCUGGAAACUGUCCUUGACUUCUGACUGGUUAAUGUCUGCAUGAAAAAAAAUGUGAGUUAAUUAAAGAAGAUCACACUUUUAGGCUCCCUGCUGUAAUAUGAAAACAUUUUAGUGUGGCAUUUUGUAUCCAGAUGUUAAAGAUUUGCUUGUAAGAAUUAUUGAAAGUUUAUAAAUAAUAUGCCAGGCACAUUGAUGUAACAACUGUCAAUGUCUGUUUUAGAUGGUGAUGUUAUCCUCCCCUGUCCUGAGAUAACAAAUGAGGGUGCCCUGUGGUUUCCUGACCUUACUGUAGCAGACCCCACCCUGAUCAUUCCCUUUGCUGUUGGUAUCUUUAACCUCACCAAUAUUGAGGUCAGUAUUAUAAUUUUUCAGUAGCACACUUGAGAGAACGAUACUUUAAUAGUUAUGUGUAAUGUUGGUGAAAGAUAUAAUUUAUGGCAGAAGGAAAUUUUACGUCAGAGAGAUUUAGAAUCACGUUAUUACAGCAAACAGCAAACGUCAAAUUCAAGUUGACGAUUUCUCAAAGAAGGAAAUGGACAGAAAAAAACUGUGCAAAAUAAUUCAAGGGAUGAUAUAGAUAGUUGAACUGUAUAGUAAUCAAGAGGUAAAGAGAAAACUUUGUCAGGUGGUACAAAUUGCUAUUUGCUGUUUGGCUUAAACAUGGUUCUAAAAUAGAAAACUAAAUGUUUCUUUGUUGGUUACUAAAGAAGAAAACAUAACUGCAAAACUAAGUUUUUGAAAUUGCUGACCAGAACAGCCUUGUCAACAUGUACUGAAAACUUGACUGUUUUCAAUAAUUGAAUUAUAGAAUUAUUCUAUAAACAGUUUAUACUUGGUCUGUUAAAUGUGCGUUCAGUACUCUCUAGAAAUCCAUUUAUAUCAAAUCUUUGAGUGCAAAUUUAAUUUUUGAACAUUAAAGUUAAGUUUUGUUGGUUUCUAAAGAAGAAAACAUAACAGCGUAACUUAGGUUAUUGAAAUUUAUUGCUGACCUGAAAAGCCUUGUCAACAUGUUUUAAAAACUUGACUGUUUUCAAUUCUAUAAACAGUUACUUGGUCUGUUAAAUGUACAUUCAGUACUCUCUAGAAAUAUAAUAUCAAAUCUUUGAGUGCAAAUUAAUGUUUGAACAUUAAAGUUAAGCUGUAAAGUUUUAACGCCUAAGUUAUAAACUUAAGCAGGUGCUGAAGAUUAAUUUACACACUAGCAAAAAGAUAUUUUUUCCUUCACAACUACUCUGUUGUGAACAUGUUUUGCAAAUGAUUUGUUAUGAAAACAAGCAAGUAAAAACUGACUGAACUUUCUUUUUUGUCACGUAAUAUUUGGUGGUUUGUUCUUCUAAUACUGAAAGGUGUAAUUCUUUGAAUCAUUAUCAUGCAGAAGAGAUUCUUAAAAGAGUUUAUGAAUUAAAUAGAAGAUAGAACAACAAUGUUUAAAUUUUCCAAUUUUUAGUUCCUAUGAAAAUUAUUCAAUUUCUGUUUCAAACAUGAGUCAUUUCUCUUUUGCAACAUUUCAAAGUAGUGGUCAUUGUAAUAAUUUUUCAUAACAAGAUAAUUUUACUUACUGAACUGGUCAGGAGCAACUUUGCUUUGGAGCAGUUAAAUACCCCUUACUCGAGGUUUAGUCCUGCAAUUAGUGUUGUGUGGACAAUAAACAACCCAGGUUUUUAAGGGCGAGGAUUGUAGAUGAAGGGUGUGGAGUGCUGUUGUGUUCAUAAUCAGGUGAAGCUAACCUCAUUGUUUAUAGUCUGACUGUAAGUUAUUUGUAAGGUGGAGCUUAGGUGUGGUCCUGGAAAGAAAAAUUUGUAGCUUUAAAGAAAUAAAAUUGCACAACAAACUCACUUAGUAUUUUCUCACUUUUUGCUGCUUGAUGAAAAUGAUGGCCAUACAGAUCAGCUGGAAAUAUGCUUUUUAAGUGAUGUUUUGAAAGAUAAAAAGUCCCAUUGAAUUUUGUUUUCAAAGGAAUGUGCAUUUUGGAUGUUAGAAGCCACCUGUGACAUAGCAACAGGUGAUCAAUGGUCACCUGCUCAUCAAGGCAGCCUGAUGCUGAUUGUUCAUACUGUUGACAAAGUUGACAGACACAUUUUGUGUUGACAAAAAAUAAUUAUUAUGUGACAAAAUUUUCAUCUAGGAGUAGAAAAAAUAUUUGAAAAUAUGGGUGUCAAACUUUUGUCCAAUUUGACACUCUUAUAUUGGUCUCAGAAAUCAUGUGUCUAUUUCUUAAUAAGCUAUGCCAUCAUGGAGUACUGCAGUUUACCAUUAAUUUAUGUUACUUCAGUUUUACAUAGCAAAGACGUUUAAUGUAUAUGAAAAUCUACUUUCUGUUGUGAUAAAAAAAUUUUAACUGAGUUUAAAGAAGACUCUUUAGGUACUCAUGAUAGAGAUUUUACAAUUUUGCAUUGCUUUGGAACAUUCAGAAGGCUGAUUUUGCUUUAACAUCUUAAAUGCAAUAAUAUAAUCUGCAAUUCUAAUUAUAUCAUGCAUAUUAUUAUAAUUAAUUUUUAUAUACUUGUAAUAAUUUUUAAAUUUUUUUUAAAAAUAAAAAUCUUUCUGAAGUUGAUGCAUAACUUUGAAAUUAAUGGAUUAUUAUAGUUGUGUUGUAAAUUUUUCGAAUAUCUAUUGUGCUGUUUUCUUUUUAACUUUGACAUAGUCUUAGUGUUGAGAUUUAUGUAGCUCAUGACAUGCUAAAACAGUCUACAAUUAUAAUUAUUUUUAUUGCUUUGAGUUGUCACGGGUUUUUUUCACCCACAAGUUGUUGUCACCCAUGAUGCUGGACAAUAGUGAUUGGAGAUUGUAGAUUGUUUGCAUCAAAUUUCUUAGUUGUAACUGUAACCACUGAGAAAUUGUUCAAGACAGUUAUGUUAAAGGUUAACAAUGAUGUGUUAUUGUUUUCUGCAAACAAGUAAGGCAACACUGUAUGAACAGCUCCUACAUUACUGGGGUCAGCUAGGAAUUUCUUUUGGUUCUAUUUUUCUUCUUUUUCCCUUUGAAAGUAGCCAAGGACCACAUUCAUAGUAGCCAGGGGAAAUCCCUGGCCCCUGGCUCUUAAUGACAGCCCCGACUAAACAUCCUUAACAGAAGCAAAGCUACAAUACUGGUCUGUAAAGUUAAAGUAGAAGUUAUUUAGAACUUCUGUUUUGGAAUGAUUCCAAACAGUUUCAACUUACAUUGGCAAACGUCAAAGCAGGCACAAACUAAUGGCCUUACAUUUACCUAAGAUAGAAAUAAAAGAAUUGAUUCCUGUGUUAUGGCAGUAAUUUGGUACUUGCAUGAACUAUAUUUUUGUAAAUUUGUUUGAAUAAUGUGUAGAUUUGUUUAAAACGUGAUCAGUUCAAAAGAAACUUCAAAAAUUAAUGCUCUCAGCUUCCAAAGGACUGCCUUAUAAUGCAACAGGUGUUCUUAGCCUAUUUGGCCACCUGUUCAUAUGGAGCAGGUCACACUGUUGCCAGUUUGUUUCUCUUGGACAUUUUAUUUACCAAAAAGGGUGUGUCACAUUUAAGACCAAAAUCAACAACUUACAGUAAAAUAAAUUACUUAUCCUAACCUAGGUCUCGCCUCUGGAUAUUCUUGCUUGGGCUCCUUUCCAUUGCUUAAUUUGGCUCCCAAAGUUGGUUAAAGGGACGUGCAGUUAAAUCUGUGAAAAACAUGCAUUUGGUGACAAAUCAAAUACAGUAGCACUGUCAAUUUGCAGUUUUUAAAAUGAGAUAUAAAUUAGGAAUUUUUCUUAACUGUUGAAUCAAAGUGUGUUCCUCAAUUUAUCAGAAAAGGUCCAUGCACUUCCUGGUGGACUGUUACAGAUACUGCAUUUUAUGGAAAAAUAGCAGCCAUAUAUUAGUGAGCAGCUUUAAUUCAUCUUUAUAUGAUGGUAAUCACUCAAGUUUUAUAUGGUAUGUUUGAAUCUCACAUGAGUGUUUUUUCUCUCUCUUGUGGUCAGCUCAAUGCAUUGCGACGAGAUAAAGCAACAAAGUUCCAACGGAUUGUGACCAACACCCUGCGAAUUGUGUCCGUGGGAAUGGUGGUUGUAGCUUCACAGGUCCCUGCAGUAAGUUGUCAUUAACCUUAGAGUUUGUUCGACUCUUCCUAGGAUUGAAAUAGUUUAUAUAAUCAUUGUGAUUAUUAAUUUUGUGGCUUGUAAUAAUAAAUCAUCAUUUAUUAUCAGUUUCAAACUAUGCCAUAGUGACGUUUAAUUUAUAUCUAAUAAUUAUCAUUUUGUAUAAUAAUAAUUUUAUGAGAAAAAAAAACCAUGUAAAUGGCAAUAUUAAUAUAAUUAAAUCUUUUUUAAACUUGAUAGAUCAGGAAGAAACCGUUUCUUUUAACUUAAUUAUGACGAAAUCAGUUACAAAUAAGUGGUCCAUAGUUAUAGGCACUGUUAAGUCAUAAUGUUAUUAUUAUCAUGGUUAAAAAAGUUCAUCUAAUGAUCAUUUUGUAAAUGCAAUUAAUAUUUAUGAUUUCUUGCAUAAAUGAACAUUAUUUUAUUUUCACGUUUCUGAUUUUCAGGCCAUGUCCCUUUACUGGGCUGUUUCAGCCUUCUUUGGUCUGACACAGAACAUAGCCAUUAAGGUUCCUUCAGUGCGUCGCCAUUUAGGCAUUCCAAAGACUCCAAGUGAAAGUGAGCAUCCAUUUCAAGACUUGAGAAACCUGGCUCAGCUGAAAGGACAAGAGUUCCUCAGGAUUCAACGAGAAGGACGACCAGUGAAAAAGAAGAAAUGAUGUUAUAGGACAUUGAUGGAGGUGAGAAUAAUAAUGGUGAGAACAAUAAUUUCUCGCUAUUAGUUGUUUGGGUGGGGAGCCAGUUUCUAGAACGUUCCAGUGAAGCUGUUGUUGUUGCAUUCAAGAUAGAGGUUUCAAUAGUUUUGCAUACAACUAUCAGGUUUGUUUUAGCUAUAGGACCUCUGCUAUUAUUCUUUAGAUUUUGAUUUGAAUACUUGAUUACAAGCCCUGAAAAUGUACCAUAACUUUGGGGAAUUGGGCCCCUGGUUCAUUAAAUAAAACUAAUGGUGGCCCAUUGUUGGAAAUGCAAAUAGCCUGUGUAUAUAGCUGCCUCUGUAGUAGCAAGCAAUAUAUGGGAGAAAGCUGUAUAAAUUUUGCUGAUUUAACAAUAUUAGGCUAGUUAUUGUUUUAUUAGCAGGAUAUUUUUCCACAAAGAAUUGUGAUGUGAAUCUGGUCCAAGGUCCCUAUAAUAUUGCUGGUAUUAUCCUUUGCUAGUUAUUAUUGAUGUAGUUCUUACCAUGGCCAAUGCUCACAAAAUUGUAAACAAUUUCCCUCUCCAGCUGCAGAGAGUACAGGAAAUUGGUCUGGCAGCAUUAGACUGAGUGUAAGCAGACUAGCCAGGUUGGACAAUGUACAAUUUCUGUUUGGCGAUGUCUUUGAUGAACAUGAAAAAUGCAGAAUUGCAACUUAAUGAGAAGGACAUUGGGGUUGGAAGGGUACAAAACAUGGCUGUAAUUCACUGACUUGUGGAGCAGUAAGAAAGAAGGCUGCUGUAUGCAAAAUCAGUUGAUUGACAGUCAAAAGGAACACACUGAUAUGCAUUUGCAUGAGGGAAAAAAUUUGGCUCAAGUGGUCUUGCAACAACCUUGCUGAUAAGUAUUGUUGCAUUGGACAGAAUCUGUCAUCAGUGGAUGACUAAUAUUUAUUGUUAAAUAGGUAUUGGCAUGGAAUUGUAACAGUAAGUUUAGUCUGUGGGUGUAUGUAAGUAAGGUAAAAUACUGUAAAUUUCAGUGCAGAGAAUUAAAACUUUAAAGAUAGUUAAC